GCGGUGACCCGCGCUCCACUUGACGUUGUGGGAAAAAAAAAAAAAAAAAAACAGAGAAGCCGCCGAGCGACGCGAACGACGACCUGAGCGACUCUCGACACGAAAGCACUAGGUCAGGAUGGCUGAGAACGACGUUGACAAUGAGCUUCUGGACUAUGAAGAUGACGAGGUGGAGAACACAGGGAGCGGGGAUGCUGUGGACCUGCCUGUCAAGAAGGACGUAAAGGGCUCCUAUGUGUCCAUCCACAGCUCCGGCUUCAGGGACUUCCUGCUUAAACCAGAGCUGCUGAGAGCCAUUGUGGACUGCGGCUUCGAGCACCCCUCCGAGGUACAGCACGAGUGUAUCCCGCAGGCCAUCCUGGGUAUGGAUGUGCUGUGCCAGGCCAAGUCUGGAAUGGGGAAGACCGCCGUGUUUGUGCUGGCCACCCUGCAGCAGCUUGAACCCGUUACUGGACAGGUGUCUGUGCUCGUGAUGUGUCACACAAGAGAGCUGGCUUUCCAGAUCAGCAAGGAGUAUGAGCGAUUCUCCAAGUACAUGCCCACCGUCAAGGUGGCUGUGUUCUUUGGCGGCCUGUCUAUCAAGAAGGACGAGGAAGUGCUGAAGAAGAACUGCCCCCAUGUUGUGGUGGGGACCCCAGGAAGGAUCCUGGCUCUGGCGCGCAACAAGAGCCUCAACCUGAAACACAUCAAACACUUCAUCCUGGAUGAGUGUGAUAAGAUGCUGGAACAACUGGACAUGCGCCGUGAUGUCCAGGAGAUUUUCCGCAUGACCCCCCACGAGAAGCAAGUGAUGAUGUUCAGCGCCACCCUGAGCAAGGAGAUCCGGCCCGUGUGCCGCAAGUUUAUGCAAGAUCCCAUGGAGAUCUUUGUGGACGAUGAGACGAAGCUGACCCUGCACGGGCUGCAACAGUACUACGUGAAGCUGAAAGACAACGAGAAGAACCGCAAGCUUUUUGACCUGCUGGACGUGCUCGAGUUCAACCAGGUGGUGAUUUUUGUGAAGUCUGUGCAGAGGUGUGUGGCGUUGGCCCAGCUGUUGGUGGAGCAGAACUUCCCUGCCAUCGCCAUCCACAGAGGCAUGCCCCAGGAGGAGAGGCUUGCUCGCUACCAGCAGUUCAAGGAUUUCCAGCGCAGGAUCCUGGUGGCCACAAACCUGUUUGGUCGAGGCAUGGACAUUGAGAGGGUCAACAUCGCCUUCAACUACGACAUGCCCGAGGACUCGGACACCUACCUCCACCGGGUGGCGAGGGCAGGUCGGUUCGGUACCAAGGGCCUGGCCAUCACCUUCGUGUCAGACGAGAAUGAUGCCAAGGUGCUGAACGACGUGCAGGACCGGUUUGAGGUGAACAUCAGCGAGCUUCCCGACGAGAUUGACAUCUCCUCCUACAUUGAACAGACGCGAUAAACCAGCCUCCAGACUCUUGACUACAUCCAGAACAUGGAGAAGGUGCAGGAGAAGAAAAGACAAUUUUGUAUAUAAUUAGAAUGCUUGUUAGUUAUGAUAUUACAGACCUUUUUGUUUUAAAAGGAAAAUAAGUUUUGUUUAACUAUCUUUUCCUUCUGUUUUAAUUUAGUUUUUCCAGAUUAUGUUGUGCGUGUUUGUGCAUGAGAGGUCUCUAGAUGGACCCCUUUUUUUCUAAUAAUAUCCUGUGAUCAAAUAAACGUCAUGUACAUUUAUUAACAUGGGAA